AUGUUUAGUCCUAGGCGUCUCCCACCCUCUCUCUCGCUCCGCUGUGUGGUACCUUGGCCGUCAGAGCAGGUGUUGGGCAGGGAGGGUAUAAAGGCCAUCUGGAGCGCAGAGCAGUGAGAAUUAAGACUUCCACACUCUGACAGGGCUCAGACGAACCAUCUGGUCCACCCCUCGCUUAAAGAACCUGUUCCCAGCUUCAUCACACACCGCCCUCCGGCACUUGCGCUCUCUCACUAAAAACAUAGGCUACCUCUUCACUCACUCGCUUUGAUUUGCUGUCGGGAGGUUAGUGGAGUGUGAAGACCUGCUUCUUCGUGGUAGAUUUCCCAGUUCAUUUUUCUUGUUACUUCUUGGAGCAGAGUCGGGCUGCCAUGGCGUGGGUGAGACGUGUGUUUGGACCUGGGAUGUCAGUCUGUCUCUGGGCUUUGUGUCUGUCCCUUAGUCUCAUCUGGACCUGUCAGGUGACCCAGGCAGCCAUCUACAGACACGCAGGUCCGUGUAUUUACAAGGAGGUUCAGUUUCAGCCUGGACAGACGUUCUACAGGGGCUGUGACAAGUGCUACUGCCACGAAAAUGGCUACUUUUGCCUCUCACCGAUGAAACCUACCACGUGGCCCAACAAGUGCCAGCGGGUUUUGACAGAGUGCGGCUACCGCAUCGUUUAUAAGGAGUUGCCAGAGGUGGAGUGUCGUGCCUACAGCUGGAUCCGGUGAAGGAAGAUGCCCCCAACAGUCAAAAUACAAGACGGCAAGACUCUGGCAGUGGACAACCCUUUAAUGAAGCAGUUACACGGCAGAGAACAUACUCCACUCGACCUUCAAUUUGGGAGUUGGUUCUCUCAAAAGGAGGAACCAAUUCCCAAAUUGAACAACCCAACUCCCAAAGAUUCAUCCUGUGAGUUGGGUGCCAGUGUGUGCACAAUAUUGACUGUAAAAACAUUUAACUGGACCAAAGGAUCUCCUCAGUUGGCAUGGAUUCUAAUAAGGUGUUAUCAAACAAGUACCGCAAAAGUAGCAAAAGUAACCAACUCCAGUGUAGUUUCCUAUCGUCCCAAUAUGCUUGUUCAGAUUCCUGCCCGUGGCCUUACUGUAAUGACCACUGAUACAUGGGACCAACUGAGUUGAUUGGUGGACUGCGUUGCCCUUCUAAGAGGACAGACCAUGUAUCACCUCGACAAAUGGCGCUGCGUUAUACAUGUCAACGCUAUUACAACUCCGCUGCCCCAAGUGUGGGCGCCCAUACCCCAACCAGACACCCUUCAUUACCACGCAGUGUUACAAAAAGGUCUAUAGCCAUUUCCCCAUUUAUAAUUGUCCUAUCUGUUCUUUCGUAGGUGUUCAAUCUCCUAUAUGACAUUGACUAAGUGGCGCUUUCGCACCCUGAUAGGUUUUCAAUGUGAAAGGUAGCGAGAGCGCCAUCAGUCAACUUCACAAACGUAGGCUGGGUUUACACUUCACUAGGCGUACUCCAGAGGCUUCGCGA